CUCGGCGAAGCGCAGAGAUCAUGAGGUUCGCGCUGUGCGUUGUUUUCGUUGCGUGCGUCGUCGGGUUGGUGCAAGGAGUCGGGAAUAUUUGUACCAGAGAGGUCAACACACCGGUGUCGUCAAUGAAAUUGGAACCGACGAAAGUGCACAAGUUCGUUGUCGAUUAUAAACGAAGAAUUAGAUACUCGACGACGCCUUUUAAUCUUCUAGCGCAAAAGAAGUGCAGGCACAUUCUAAUAGAUUGUAUUGAGAAGACUGCAUACUUCAAAGAAACUGAAUCGUACUGCUGCAAUGGAUACACGCAGAUAACGAAAACUCCGUUGAAAUGUGGACCGAAAUGCAGCAAAGCCUGCAUCAACGGAUUCUGCUCGAAUCCAGAAGUUUGCACUCCAAAUGCUGGAUAUAAAUUGAAUCCGUCUGAUAAAUAUAAGAGUGAUCCUAUUUGUUCGAAGCCGUGCAUCAAUGGUUGGUGUUCUAUGCCGCAAGUUUGUACACCAAAUGCUGGGUAUAAAUUGAAUCCAACUGAUAAGUAUAAGAGUGAUCCUGUUUGUGCAAAACCUUGCAUAAAUGGUUGGUGUUCUAAACCUGAAGUUUGUACAGCUAAUUCUGGAUAUAAAUUGAAUCCGUCUGAUAAGUAUAAGAGUGAUCCUAUUUGUUCGAAGACUUGCAUCAAUGGAUAUUGUUCAAAACCUGAAGUUUGUACAGCUAAUUCUGGGUAUAAAUUAAAUCCGUCUGAUAAGUAUAAGAGUGAUCCAGUUUGUUUGAAGCCUUGCAUCAAUGGAUAUUGUUCAAGACCAGAAGUUUGCACUCCAAAUGCUGGGUAUAAAUUGAAUCCAACUGAUAAGUAUAAGAGUGAUCCUGUUUGUGCAAAACCAUGCAUAAACGGUUGGUGUUCUAAACCUGAAGUUUGUACAGCUAAUUCUGGGUAUAAAUUGAAUCCGUCUGAUAAAUAUAAGAGUGAUCCAGUUUGUUCGAAGCCUUGCAUUAAUGGAUAUUGUUCAAAACCAGAAGUUUGUACACCAAAUGCUGGAUAUAAGUUGAAUCCAUCUGAUAAGUAUAAGAGUGAUCCUAUUUGUUCGAAGCCUUGUCUCAAUGGAUAUUGUUCAAAACCUGAAGUUUGUACACCAAAUGCUGGGUAUAAAUUGAAUCCAACUGAUAAGUAUAAGAGUGAUCCAGUUUGUUCGAAGCCUUGUAUUAAUGGAUAUUGUUCAAAACCAGAAAUUUGUACACCAAAUGCUGGAUAUAAGUUGAAUUCAUCUGAUAAGUAUAAAAGUGAUCCUGUUUGUUCGAAGACUUGCAUCAAUGGAUAUUGUUCAAAACCUGAAGUUUGUACACCAAAUGCUGGAUAUAAAUUGAAUCCGUCUGAUAAGUAUAAGAGUGAUCCAGUUUGUUCGAAGACUUGCAUCAAUGGAUAUUGUUUAAAACCAGAAGUUUGCACUCCAACAACAGGAUAUAGUUUAGAUCCAAAUGAUAAAUACAAGAGUGUUCCAUUUUGCAGUAAACCUUGUGUAAAUGGAGUCUGUUCAAAACCAGAAAUUUGUACACCCAAUUCAGGACAUAGUCUAGAUCCAAAAGACAAAUAUAAAAGUAAUCCAGUUUGCAGCAAACCUUGUGUAAAUGGAAUAUGUUCAAAACCAGAGGUUUGCACUCCAACAACAGGAUAUAGUUUAGAUCCAACAGACAAAUACAAGAGUAAUCCAGUUUGCAGUAAAUCUUGUGUGAAUGGGUAUUGUUCAAAACCUGAAAUUUGUUCACCUAAUCCAGGAUAUAGGCUAGAUGCAAAAGACAAAUUUAUGAGCAAUCCAAUUUGUAGCAAGCCUUGUGUAAAUGGAGUCUGUUCAAAACCAGAAGUUUGCACUCCAACAACAGGAUACAGUUUAGAUCCAAAAGACAAAUAUAAAAGUAAUCCAGUUUGCAGCAAACCUUGCAUAAAUGGUUGGUGUUCUAAACCAGAAGUUUGUACACCCAAUACAGGAUACAGCCUAGAUCCAAAAGACAAAUAUAAAAGUAAUCCAGUUUGCAGCAAAUCUUGUGUAAAUGGAUAUUGUUCAAAACCUGAAGUUUGUACACCUAAUCCAGGAUAUAGUCUAGAUCCAAAAGACAAAUUUAUGAGCAAUCCAAUUUGUAGCAAGCCUUGUUUAAAUGGAGUCUGUUCAAAACCAGAAAUUUGUACACCCAAUGCAGGAUAUAGUUUAGAUCCAAUAGACAAAUACAGGAGUAAUCCAGUUUGUAGCAAACCUUGUUUAAAUGGACAUUGUUUAAAACCUGAAGUUUGCAUUCCAGCUACAGGAUAUAUUAUAGAUCCAAAUGAUAAAUUCAAGAGUGUUCCAGUUUGCAGUAAACCUUGUGUGAAUGGAAUCUGUUCAAAACCAGAAAUUUGUACACCCAAUUCUGGAUAUAGUUUAGAUCCAACUGAUAAAUUCAAGAGUAUUCCAGUUUGUAGCAAACCUUGUGUAAAUGGAAUCUGUUCUAAACCAGAAGUUUGCACUCCAACAAUAGGAUAUAGUUUAGAUCCAACAGACAAAUAUAAGAGUAAUCCAGUUUGUAGCAAACCUUGUAUAAAUGGAGUCUGUUCAAAACCUGAAGUUUGCACUCCAAAAACUGGAUAUAGUUUAGAUCCAACAGACAUUUGCAGUAAACCUUGUGUAAAUGGUUAUUGUUCAAAACCUGAAGUCUGCACACCAAAUACAGGAUACAGUAUAGAUCCAAAAGACAAAUACAAGAGCAAUCCAAUUUGCGAUCCACACUGCGACAACGGUGAGUGCGUUUCACCAGGCGUCUGCAAAUGCCAAGAAGGCUACAAACUGAACGAGAAGAAGAUAUGCGAGAAGGAGUGCCCGUUCGGAUGCGUCAAAGGGAUUUGCGUGGACGGAACGUGCAUCUGCGAGGAAGGCUUCAUUGGGGAAAUCUGCGAUUUCUCGUUCGACAAUUAUUUGGAGCCGUCAGAGUACAAAGGCGAUAAAACGAUAAAUUGGUCCGCCUCGGGUAUGCUCGGUCUUAUAAUUGCUGUCAGUAUGCUGGUAUUCCUGUUCCUUUUAUCGACGAUCGUCAAGUGCCAGAAGAAGAAGCGUAUGAGGAAUAGCAUAGCGGAAAUGAACGAGUUUAGAAUCGAAGAGAUCUUAAGUGGUUCAGAUGUUGUGUAUUCGUAAUAUAAUUUAGUUUUACUAUAUGUUUUCCUAUUUUUGUAAAUUGCUUUAAAAAAAA